AAUGCUUAAUAAACAUGAAUGGUAUUGCACCAUGCUGUUUCCAAGGGUCUCCAAGCUCAAAGGAGCCUUAGGUAUGAUCUUAAUGAGUUAUGACAAUAACUACCAUUUACGACUGGUAUGCACAGAGCCCAUGUCCACAGAAUAAAGGAUAAAUUGAGAAUAAAUAUCUAACUAAAGCGAAUAGCAAUGAGAAGACAAAUUAUUAAAAAGAAGCCAAGUAGAAGUUCUGGAGUUGAAAAGUAUAACUGAAAUGAAAGAUUUGCUAGAGGGGCCCAACAGCAGAUUUGAGCAGAUAGAUGAAAGAACUUAAUAGAUAGGCCAAAUUGAAAUUAUACAGUCUGAGAAAGAAUUAUAUUAAUGCUUAGAAUGAAAUUUUUAAAAAAUGAACAGAGCCUAAGAGAUGACCUACAGGACACCAUCAAAAGUACCAACAUAUGUAUAAUGGGAGUCCCAGAUGAGAGGAGAGAAAGAAGCGUAAAAUAUUUGAAGAAAUAAUAGCUAAAAAUUUCUCAGAUUUGAUGAAAAACGUUAAUCUAAAACAAAAAAACGUUAAUCUACAUAUAGAAAGAAGCUUAAUAAACUCCAAAUGGGAUAAACUCAGAGAUCCUUUUUGAAAUAUGUAAACUGUUGAAAGACAGACAAAUUGGAAAUCUUGAAAGCAAGAGAGAAGCUACUCAAAUCACAUGCAAGGGAUCCUCAAUAGCAGCAGUCCCCAAUUUCAGCAACAAUUUUUCCACAGACGGGGGGUGGAGGGUAAUGGUUCAGGCGGUAAUGCAAGCGAUGGGGAGCAAUAGGUGAAGCUUUGCUCGCUUGCCAGCUGCUCACCUGCCGUGUGGCCCGGUUCCUAACGUUCAGUUAUUUCGCCUUCAUCAGUUGUCUUUGUCACUGAGAGAACCGCUAAGGAAUGAAAGAGUUUAAACCCUUUACUUCGGACCACACUCAGCCUGUCUGCAUCCCUCUGAUUCAACCACCAAGGGAGGAGGGAGGCGUCCUGGGGCUGCUGCUCCCCACUGACACCCACCCUGUCUAGCAUGCUUUUGGUCUCCAGGAUUUUACCAGGCACAUCAUAGCCUUCUUGGACAAUUUUAAACAGCAAGAUCACCAACAAAAAGCACAAAAGUGUCACUAAAUAGGCCGCGAAAAGGACCAUUUUUUUUUACAGUAUGUGAACUGAAACAAGAUGGCAGAACAGCACCUUGUUCAACCUAAGCUGGUGAUACUGCAGUGAAGACUCCUGGGUAUAAAUCUUGGCACAGAUCCAUGAUCAUUCUCCUUCUAGUAAACACCAAGAGGUGGAAUUGUGGAGUCAGAAGGUACAUGCCUGGUAAAGACUUCAGCACAAUUAACAAAUGGCUUGAUAGGGAGGGAAGCACGUCACAGUCCCAGCAGCAAUGCAUGAAAACUCCAUGUCCUAAAUCCUCGUCAAUAUUGGAUAUUGAGUUUGACAGGUUUGGCAACACUAGCUUAGUACUGAGAAAAUUAAUCAGCCUGAAAUCACUGCACCCUAACUCUGUGUUAAAACACAGAGAAGUAUAUGUCCUGGUUCUGAAGGAAUUCACAGAAUAUGGGCCAGGUUUUUCCUGGCUGAACCACUUACUUCCCUGCUGUUUGGCUCUGGAAGAGUUAUUGACCCUCUUUGCCUUAACCUUGCCUGCCAGCCGUGAGGAUGAGUAUCUGGACUGAAUUUAUCAUAUUCUCAUUUACAUUUGUAUUAUAAGUAAUAUAUAAAUGAGAAUAUAUAUAUGUUCUUAUUUAGCCUCCCCAACUAGACAUAAAUAUAUAUAUAUAUAAACUAAUAACUAUAAUAUAUAUACAGUUAAUAUAUACAGGGUUCAAAAGCGGUUGUCACUGCCAGUGCUAUUACUACUACUGAUUAUAAUAAUCAUUGAGAUGGCUCUGGGUAGACACUUAACAAAUGUUAAUUACCACUUACAAGCUGUUUAACUUGGCUUAGAAAAGUUACGCCCUCUCUCCAAUCAUUAGCUUCCCCAUCUGUUCAACGGAACUAAAAAUACCCAUUUCCUAGGAUUACUGUGAGGAUUAUAGGAAAUGAAACCAUCAGCUCAGUACCAGGAAUAUAGAAGGAAGUUUUCUUCCUUUAGGAAUAUUUUAGAAACCGACUUCAGAAAAAUAAUGCAUAAUGCCUGAUAAUAACUCAGUUUCUUUUGUGAAGAACUCUAAGAUCAGGGGCUGAAUCAGCAAGAGCUGGUGAAACUACAUCUUUACCCUUUAUCCUCCUUUCUGGAAAAAUUAUUCUUUCCAAACAUCAACUCUUUUGGCCUGAUGUUCAGGUGCCUGUCACUGGGUUUGCCUGGCUGACGGCAAAAAAUCAUAGGAAGGCUGAGGUGCCAAUCUAGGAGACCGAAAUAAGAGUAGGGAUUAGGUGGAGAAGAAGGAAAUUCUUUCUCCCUAUGUUCUUGCUUAGUUAAUACCUAAUGGCUUUUUAAGGGGUUGCAAGUAUAGUUUAAUAAAGAUGUGCCAAUAUCUAGCAGCAAAGGCACUCUGCCAACAUCAUAAGCCCCUCUGCACCUGCUCUGGCAUAAUAACUUUGAUAAGAACUACUCAUUACUGAGCACCUACUGUAAGACUCUAUAAUCCUUCCAACAACCUGAUUAUUCCAAUGAAGACAUAGCUAUUCAGAAGAGAUAACAAUUCAGAGCCAGGACUGGGACUCAUGUCUGUUUGCCUUGAAGUACAUGUUUUUCCUUGUGUACUUUCUCUCUCUUCCUCUAGUACUUUUCAGAUUCCUGCCUUUUCCUUCUAGCCCACCCGGAUUUCAGGCCAGCCUUUGUACCCAUACCAGGUGCAUCACCGAUCCCCAUGGCUUUAAGAUCUCCUGUUCCCAUGGCCCUGCACCUGGCGGACUGAGAGGGAUGCCAGCUGCUCUUUCUUUGCAGGGCACAGAGCUCUGAGUAGCACACCAAGAUGUGCAGGAAACUGCAAGCUGAGAACCCUUACAUAUUUCUGAGUCUCUGAGUCAUUGAAGAAAAAGAGGUGAGGUCACAGUGAGAAGGUGGCCAUGUACAAGCCAGAAAGGGACAGCUAUCACCAGAAACCGACCAUCGACCAUGCUAGCAUCCUGAUCUUGAACUUCCAUCCUCCAGAACUCCACAAGAUGUUGGUGUGUGAGCCGUGCAGUGUCUAUGUGGAGCGAACCUCCCACAGAUCUUCAAUGGACAUUAAAUAUGGAAUAAUGAGACACAGGUCAAGAAACUUGCCCAAGUUCAGACAAGACCCUCGGAGAAGGUCAGGUAAGCUUUCUGAGACCACACAGCAAGCGAGUGGCGCAGCAAGUACUGAAAGCGAUGUUUGUCUCUCCCUCUCCUGCCAAGAAGAACUGCCAGGGGUCCCUGAGAAAGCAGAACAUGGGGAAGAGGGAAGGGAGAACGCUGCGUCUGCGCGCGUGCUGGGAAGCGGGGGCUUCCGGAGCUGCAGGGUCGCUAUAGCGGGUGUGAUGCAAUCACGCCCGUCGCUGCGUCAAAGGGCGGCUCCCGGGAUGCGGGGACUGCAGUAGAGGUGGUCCCCACCGCCGCCCACCUCGCCUCUGCCGCCCACCGCGGCUAACCCGGCAGGUAACCGCUGCCGCUAACCUUCGUCCAGAGUCAGGACCACCGCCCCGGAGCCACCAGCGACCCCGACAACAUCUCUCAGCCACCGGCGACUCUGACAACCGCCCCCAGGUACCGGUGGUCCCUGACAACCACUCCGAGCCACCGGUAACCCCUGACAACCGCCGCCAGCCCCCCCCCCGCCCCGCCCCCCCCCCAACCGGCGCCCGGGGCGCGCCAUGAAGUCGGCGGUGAGCGCGCGCGGUGGGGUGUCUGGCGGCCGCGGAGGUGGCUGCUGGGUCGGGGGGCGAGGAGGCGGCGGAGGAGGCGGGGGCAAAGGAGGAGGCGGGGGCAAAGGACCGGGAGGCGAUGGCGGCGGCCAGGGGGGUAAGGGCGGCUUCGGAGCGCGGACGCGCGGCUUCGGAGGCGGCAGGGGCCGGGGGCGCGGUGGUGGAGACGGCAGGGACCGCGGAGGCGGCGGGCAGCGGCGUGGCGUGGCCAAGAGCAAGAACCGCCGCAGGAAGGGCGUCACCACGGUAUCCGUGGAACCGCACCGGCACGAGGGGGUCUUUAUCUACCGCGGGGCGGAGGACGCUCUGGUCACACUGAACAUGGUGCCCGGCCAGUCGGUGUACGGCGAGCGGCGGGUCACGGUGACCGAGGGCGGCGUGAAACAGGAGUACCGCACGUGGAACCCCUUCCGCUCCAAGCUGGCUGCGGCCAUACUGGGCGGGGUCGACCAGAUUCACAUCAAGCCCAAGUCCAAAGUGCUCUACCUGGGUGCCGCCUCGGGGACCACUGUCUCCCACGUCUCCGACAUCAUCGGCCCUGAUGGCCUAGUCUACGCGGUCGAGUUCUCCCACCGCGCCGGCCGCGAUCUGGUCAACGUGGCGAAGAAGAGAACCAACAUCAUCCCAGUCCUCGAAGACGCCCGGCACCCCCUCAAGUACCGCAUGCUCAUCGGGAUGGUGGACGUGAUCUUUGCCGACGUGGCCCAGCCAGACCAGUCCCGCAUCGUGGCUCUGAAUGCCCACACCUUCCUGCGCAACGGGGGCCACUUCCUCAUUUCCAUCAAGGCCAAUUGCAUCGACUCCACCGCCUCUGCCGAGGCAGUGUUUGCUUCUGAGGUGAGGAAGUUGCAGCAGGAGAAUUUGAAGCCUCAAGAGCAGCUGACCCUGGAGCCCUAUGAGAGAGACCACGCUGUGGUCGUCGGGGUCUAUCGGCCCCUUCCCAAGAGCGCCAACAAGUAGCAACCCAGCUCGGGCUGUCCCUGAGAUAAUGCCUAAGACUGUGCUAUGUUCAGUGUUACUAUAUGUGUGUUUUCUUUGUGCACCGCUUUUCUAUUAAAUGGCAUAAAGAAACAGUA